AAAAGCUCGAGAAGCUAUAAUCGAACGGGCUAAAAUUUUUCAGGCGAAAGGUGAGGACGUUCCUGAGGACGACCUUUAUCUUGAUACUAUCUUAUCAUUGAGUGGAACGAUGGUACUUGCCUGGUCUUUGAGAAUAGAUAAGUCCGCGAAGCCCAAGCGGACGGUUCUAUCCAUGAGUCUCAAUUGA